CUGUUCGGUGACAAGUUUUACUGGCUUUUUGCAAUAUGCUAACAAUCGUUGCUGCCGGCCAACUCAUCGAGCAGGACUUGUUCCUAAUCAGAUCGCUUCUCGUUCAGCUAUAAACUUGAUUUCAUAUAUUUAUUCUAGAGGAAGAAAUCAGAGUACCCUCCGUUGAAGAUAUAUAUGAUAAAAAAUCGUACUACUGCUGGAAAAAAUGACCACAAGAAGAAAUGAGGUUCAUGUUUUAUUCACAGGUUACUCACGCCCAGAUAGCAAUGAUUCCAGUGUCAUGCGCGCGAACUGCACUUGUACAUUGAUAAAGACACGCCAUGGGCGAAAUAUAAUUGUUGACACUCUCACUGCAUGGGAUGGAGAACGCCUCACGCAAGUGUUGCAGAGCGAACAUGGUCUUCAACCACAAGAUAUAAAUGUGGUCGUCUGUACGCAUGGCCAUUCCGAUCAUAUAGGUUGCAAUUAUCUCUUUCGUGAAGCACAAUGGCACAUUGUGGGUGCCUGUGUGUCCCACCGUGAUAAAUAUUUAGAUUGUCCAUUAACACGUGAAGACUCUGAACCAUUCCAAUUAUGUGGUGAUGAUGUGACGGUGGUGCGGACGCCAGGACAUACUCUUAGUUGUGUGUCAGUGCUGGUGCGUGAUAGUAUUCAAGGAGGUGUUGCAGGAAUUUGUGGUGAUCUGUUUGAACGUGUCGAAGAUAUAAUCGAUCCCUCAAUUUGGACUGAAGCAGGCAGUGAAGAUACCAAUUCGCAGAGGCGACAACGUUUACGUAUGGCAGAAUUAUGUAAUUAUAUAAUACCGGGGCACGGGCAAGGAUUUGUUGUCACAGACCAGAUGCGAGCAUUGUUGCGGCAACAACUAGAUAGUACGAGCGACCGAAAAAUUUAAUUACUUUUUUGCAUAUAAUAUAUUUGUGAAAUGACUGACUUAAAAUAAAAGUAACUGCAGAAAAGGUCUUUAAAAAGUUAA